CUGGGUAACACUCUCCAAGAAGCCGCACGCACUUUCACCGUAACAGGCCAGCUACUAGAGGAUAGUGUUGUGCAUAGUGACUGUUCCAGGCGUAAGGAUGCAUCCCAAGGUCGGAGGCUGGGCGCUCGUGGCGCUGAUUAGUUCGUCGAUGGUCCUCCACACGAUAGCGUAUCCACAGCAACAUCUUCCGCUUAUCACACAGGCAACUAGCAAUGUUAGGCAACAAAAUCAUCCACAGUACUAUAGUAACACGUUGCCGCAGGAAGUCGCUCAAGAACGUAAAUUUGCUGAGAAACCAAAUGCAUUGAAGAAAGUCGCUCUCGAUGAUCUCGAAGAUAUACAAACUAAUUCUAUAUCUGACGGUGGAUUCUCGUGGUCCAACAUGCUUGGGAUGAUAAUGCAAAUGCUUUUCAACCCCGGAAAUACCGGACCCAAUAAGAGUGACAAUCUGGAUACUGACGUCGCAACAACGUCCCCCUGGGCUAACCUUCUUUCCAUGGGUCUCAAGAUCUUGACGGCAAUCCUUGGAGGAGGCGCCUCUAGCGAUGGCAUCGACAAAGUUGACAACGGAUCCUCUCCCAUGCAGGGUAUAUUGGCUGCGGUACUGUCGACGGUGCUCGGUGCAAAAGAUCCCGACCAGGUCGCCUCCAUGGCAAAGCAGGCUGGAGAGUUCAUCAACAUCGUGGUGAACCUCCUGGACGCUUUGAAGACAUCAUUCUCUCAUCGGUCGCUGACUGCGCGAUCUAUGGGCCGCAAGGAUUCAGUCAGUGACGCUGCGUUAGCCGGUAUCGCUAUGCUGAAGACUUAUGUGAAGUCCUUUGGAACCAACGACGACAGAUGCCUGCAGAAAUACAUAUGCGAUGCAAACCUCGAGUGUUCUACGGAUAUUGGCCCUAAAAGCAUCUUCUGCCAACUUGGAACAUAUGCAGCAAGCUUCGUGAUGGAGAGACAAUCUGGGGGUGCCUUCGAUGAGUUCACCGAGGCGGGCCGUCGAGGUCGCUCGGGCGUAGAUUGCCGCCAGAUGUACCUUCAGUGCAACGAAGUCUAAGGGCGAAAAUAACGCUGGCAAAACUUAUACACCAGUAUGAAAACCACCAGCAAGCGAAGAAUAUUGGUGACACUGAGUUUGCUACAAAUUAUUAAAAUUCGAUCCAAAAUGCACAUCGUAAGUGGUUCGAUAAAUAGUGUGAACAUUGAGUGAACUACAUUAGUCAAAAUUUCAUUAUUGGCGUUGGUAUCAAAUUUUGUUAAAAAAAAAAAGAAAAAAAGAAACAAAAUUCGAUACUCGGUUACAAAAUUCUGCAUAGUGCCUUACUGAGGUGUAUUGUGCUCAAACAUAUCCCAUCGGCCAACAGCGCGUCGAACAUAGUGUUGUAUUAAUUUAUUUAAAUUAUUUAUUUAUUUAACUUAUUUUAGAAGUUAAUAAGUAGGAAAACAAAGAUAUAUCCAACCCGUAUGGUCCCGUCCAGUGAAUCCUUCCAAAUCAAUGUUGCAAACCAUUGGCACGUUUGUAUUAUAGGUAUAAACAAUUAAUAUUCCGCCAAUUUCAAUAUAAAAUUAACGACUGAUGUAAAAAUAAUUCUGUGUGAUAUAACUAACUAACUGUUUUUAUCACAUAAUAGUUAGUAUUGUAUAUUUUAUGUGUUUGUGUGAUUGAGGACGUCCUGUGUGAUUGUGAUUGUUGUAAAAUAAAUAGAAAUAUUUUUUAAAG